AUGAGCACUCAUGUCACGAAUGUUGCUUGUGAGGACCACGAACCAAACUUCCUGGGCUCCGUCGAGACUUUCUUCGAUCGCGCCGCCAAGAUCAGUGGUGUCUCUGAAAAAUCCUUGACUGGCAUCAGAGCCGUCGAUUCUGUCCUGAGCGUCAAAUUCCCCGUCGAAAUUGAUGCCGAUACCCACGUCAUCAUUGAGGGUUACCGUGCCCAGCAUUCCCGUCAUCGCCUUCCCUGCAAGGGAGGUAUCCGUUUUUCGGAUGAGGUCGAUCUCGAGGAAGUUGAAGCCUUGGCCUCGCUGAUGACCUACAAGUGCGCUGUCGUCGAUGUUCCUUUCGGUGGCGCCAAGGGAGGUGUUAAGCUGAACCCCAAGAAGUUCACCCCUGCCCAGCUCGAGCGCAUUACCCGUCGCUACACCAUGGAGCUUUGCCAAAAGAACUUCAUCGGACCUGGUGUCGAUGUCCCCGCUCCCGACGUUGGAACUGGACCCCGCGAGAUGUCCUGGAUCAUGGACACCUACCGUCAGUUCAACCCCCAGGAUGUCAACGCUGCUGGAUGUGUCACCGGCAAGCCCAUCUCCCAGGGAGGUGUCCGUGGCCGUAACGAGGCCACCGGUCUUGGUGUCUACUAUGGUAUCCGCGAGUUCUUGCAGUUCCCCGAGGUCCAGAAGAUGACUGGUUUGACUGGCGAUAUUGCAGGCAAGACCGUCAUUGUUCAGGGAUUCGGAAACGUCGGCUACUGGGCUGCCAAGUUCUUGCAGAACAACGGUGCUAAAAUCAUUGGUAUUGGUGAACACGACGUCGCCGCCUACGACCCCAAAGGUUUAGACAUUGAGGCUAUCUUCAAGCACCGUGCCGAGAAGGGAUCCUUCCGUGGCUUCGGCAACGCUGAGAUCAUCGAAGAGCCCAUCAAAGUUAUGGAGCGUGAGUGUGACAUCUUGAUCCCCGCCGCUCUCGAGCGUCAGAUCGGCCUUAAAAACGUCAAGAACAUCAAAGCCAAGGUCAUCGGUGAGGCCGCCAACGGACCCAUCACCCCCGGUGCCCACGACUACCUUGUUUCUCAGGGCAAGGUCGUCAUUCCCGACUUGCUGCUGAACUCCGGAGGUGUCACUGUCUCGUAUUUUGAGUGGUUGAAGAAUCUGUCCCACGUCCGCUUCGGCCGUAUGUCUCGCAAGUGGGAGGAGGCUGGCAAGAACAAGCUGUUAACUCUUGUCGAGGAGAACGCCGGCCGCCAGUUGACCCCUCAGGAGCGUCGUGUUGUCAUUCACGGAGCUGAGGAACAUGAGCUCGUCUACUCUGGUCUUGAGGACACCAUGAUCGGUGCCUGCGAGGAGACUCGUGCCACUGCUGUCCUGAAGAACACCGACUUCCGCACCGCUGCUCUCGUCAACGCUAUCCAGAAGAUUUCGACUGUCACCACCCAGUCUGGCCAGAUGUUCCUUUAA